AUGCUGGGAUUCUUGAAUACAGGUGACGGAGAACUUCCAGCCAACCUUGGAAUGUUUGAUCAGCGGGAAGCACUCAUAUGGGUUCAAGAAAACAUAGCAGCUUUUGGAGGUGAUCCUGCACGGGUUACUAUAUUUGGUGAGAGCGCUGGAGGUACGAGUGUUAAUUUUCAUCUUGUAUCACCGCUUAGUGCUGGACUGUUUAAUGGUGCUAUACUACAGAGUGGGAAUGGCCUCCUUCAAUCAAGAUUUGAUACAGAUCUCGUCGACAAGACAUUCAUUUUUGGAAGAGGAGUCGGGUGUGACUUCAACAACAGCAAGGAUCUUGUGGAUUGUUUGAGAGGAAGAUCAUGGGAAGAAUUGAAAGAUGGGUAUAUGAACUUGUCUCCAGAUACAGUUGAUCGAGCAGUCGGCUGCAUUGUAGAUGGACACUUCUUACCUGAUAAACAUAUCAACCUCAUGCUCAAAGGACAUAUUAACGUUGACAACGUCCUCCGUGGUUCUUUACCCAACGAAGGGGCUUGUUUCUUGGUCUUUGGUCGCCUUGCUUCCACUGAAGACAUCCCACCCCCUGUUUUAACCGUCGAGGAAUUCAAGGCUCAGCUUAUUACAGGGCAAACGGGCGACUACUUACAGAAGUUGGCAGACAUCUUCACAGAUUUCUUCACUUGCUCCGUCAAUUCAUUCUCCAAUUUGAUGUCAAUGGCAGGAAAGACGGUCUACCUCUUUUCCAUGACACAUAUACCCUCUCACUCGGCCCUGGGUCCUCUGAAAUGGGCAGGAGCAACACAUGUAGAGGAUAUCCCGUAUGUCUUUGGCAGUCCUCUACUGCGUGAGAGGGAAGAUGGUCCUAAGGGCAUGUCUGGAUUCUUCGAUGGGGCUGAGGAGGCGGCCUUGUCCAGACAGAUUAUGCGAUACUGGUCUAACUUCGCAAAAACAGGGAAUCCCAAUUUAUCAUCUCAAGAUCCAAAGGAAGUCAAUAACCCGCUCGAUCUUGAGGAAUGGCAACCGUUUACAAAUGAACAACCCUACUACAAAGAAUUGGAUUAUGGAUUCCUUACGAGGGAAGGUGUGAUGAAAGCCAAGGAGUGUCACUUCUGGACCUCAGUCUUCCCCAAGAUGGUAGCCCAAUCAUUUGAGCUGUUGAAGCUGAGGGCGAUGUUAGCCGACCAAGUAGCUGCUCAUAGCACUGGAACAUGCGAUGGUGAUUCUUGUACAGAACCCUGAGAGUGAAGCACACUCUUUUGAGAA